AUGUCCGUCAGCUCAUUCGUCUCGUCUUCAGCAAGCGCCGCCGCAUUCCUCCAUGACCAAGCCUCUUCCGGCAUUUCGCCUCCGCGUUCCGUCAACAACUUGCCGUCCGUCAACUCGCCGUCAACGUCCAUCCGCAGCAACACUGACCCUUCAUCCUUUGCCGACGACAACCAUUCCGUCAACGCUAACCGUGCGACUUUCGCGAUCGCCAACACCAACACCAAUACCGGAACCUUCGCAUCUUUCGGACAAAUACCGUCCUCUUCGAGCCGCCGCGUUGAAUCUGCGUCCCAUGGUGGUUAUCCGUCAGCCACGUCAGCAUCGCGACCAACUGCGUCGCAACACAUGGCGUCGAUCUCAGCGGCUCCGCCAAUAAGAUUUGGGGCGGAAGGAGCGCCGAUCGACUUUCCUGUGCUCUGCCUGGGCUUCGUGGCAUGCUCGAUCACAGCGGCGCUCUCUGUCAUGCUCGUUGCUGCUGUGCCAGCCCUUCUGGCGAUCCGCAAGGCAGCACAGGCGUUGGAGCUGCUAGCAGAGGUGGCAAGGGAGGAGGUGCCAGGGACGAUGGCGGCUGUGCGGCUGUCAGGCAUGGAGAUGAGCGAACUGAGCAUGGAGCUGAGCGACCUCAGCCAGGAGAUAUCGCAAGGGAUCAGGAAUUCCGCUCGUGCAGUGCGGCUCGCCGAGGAUGGGUUGCGGAGAGUUGGCAGCUUGGCAGCUUCACGCACAGCAGCAAUUAUUGAGGAGAGAGCGGUGGUACCUGUUCCCUCGGUGACUCCAGUUAUUGCUUCAGCUGCAAGAAGCACAAAGAAUGCUAUUAGAGGGGCGAGGGACGUGGUCUCACAGGUUUCCCUGAUCAGUCACUUGUCCAACUUCCUUCCUUGGGCUGACAACCAGCCAAACCGUAGAUAG